AUGUCUGACAAUGAUGAUGAUUAUAUGUGCGAGGAAGAAGAGGAUUAUGGUUUAGAGUACUCAGAAGACAGUAACUCUGAGCCGGAUGUGGAUUUAGAGAAUCAGUACUACAAUAGUAAGGCCCUGAAAGAAGAUGAGCCUCAAGCUGCUUUGAUUAGCUUUCAAAAAGUGCUAGAACUCGAAGGUGGCGACAAAGGCGAGUGGGGUUUUAAGGCACUCAAACAGAUGAUAAAAAUUAAUUUUAAAUUGGGCAAUUUCCCAGAGAUGAUGUCUAGAUACAAGCAGCUGUUGACGUAUAUCAAAAGUGCAGUCACAAGGAACCAUUCAGAGAAGUCAAUCAACUCAAUUCUUGAUUAUAUUUCUACUUCGAGAAAUAUGGAAUUAUUACAAGACUUCUAUGAAACCACGUUGGAAGCACUGAAAGACGCCAAGAACGACAGGCUAUGGUUCAAGACAAACACAAAACUUGGGAAAUUAUAUUAUGAUAGGGGAGACUUCAACAAACUGGCAAAAAUUUUGAAACAAUUACAUCAGAGCUGUCAAACGGAUGAAGGAGAGGAUGACUUGAAGAAAGGUACACAACUUCUAGAGAUAUAUGCACUCGAGAUCCAGAUGUACACAGCCCAAAAGAAUAAUAAGAAAUUAAAGGCAUUGUACGAACAGUCGCUGCACAUCAAGUCUGCUAUACCACAUCCACUUAUUAUGGGUGUCAUUAGAGAGUGCGGUGGCAAGAUGCACCUGCGCGAAGGAGAGUUCGAAAAGGCGCACACGGACUUCUUCGAAGCAUUCAAGAACUACGACGAGUCUGGCAGUCCGCGUAGGACCACCUGCUUGAAGUAUUUAGUGUUAGCGAAUAUGCUCAUGAAAUCUGGCAUCAACCCAUUUGAUUCGCAAGAAGCCAAACCUUAUAAAAACGACCCUGAGAUUUUAGCCAUGACAAACCUUGUAAUGGCAUACCAAAAUAAUGAUAUAAACGACUUUGAGUCAAUACUCAAACACAAUAGGAACAAUAUAAUGGAUGAUCCCUUCAUCAGAGAACAUAUAGAAGACUUGCUAAGGAAUAUUAGGACUCAAGUGCUUAUCAAACUGAUCGGCCCGUACACUAGGAUCCACAUACCAUUUAUUUCUAAGGAGCUAAAUAUCGAUGAAAAGGAAGUCGAGAAUCUAUUGGUUACAUGCAUUUUAGAUAAGGGUAAACGAGCAGACGGGUCACCUGAUAACCGGGUACGUGACUACCGUCGUCCGUGGACACUUGCAACCCAAGACUCACAAGGGCGUUGCCGGCCUUUGAGUGCCUUCCUCUCAGAAUUAAGGGGGAGAGGCACGAUCAGCGGGCGCAUCGACCAGGUGAACUCGGUGCUGGAGCUGGUGGGCAGCGCGCGGGGCGCGGCGCGCUACUCGGCGCUGGACAAGUGGACGGCGCAGCUCGCCGCCCUGCACCGCGCGCUCGCCAACAAGAUGGCCUAG